UGGGACCUUCGGCCAGGAAACCUCGGGGACAGCGCCGCGCUCUUCCUUUCCGAUCCGCCAUCUGCGGUGGGACCGCCGCCGAGAUGCAGAUUUUCGUAAAAACCCUUACGGGGAAGACUAUUACACUCGAGGUUGAACCCUCGGACACUAUAGAAAAUGUAAAAGCCAAGAUCCAGGAUAAGGAAGGAAUUCCUCCUGAUCAGCAAAGACUUAUCUUUGCUGGUAAGCAACUAGAAGAUGGACGUACUUUGUCUGACUACAACAUUCAGAAGGAAUCCACCCUUCAUCUUGUGCUGAGGCUUCGUGGUGGUGCUAAGAAAAGAAAGAAGAAGUCUUACACCACUCCCAAGAAGAAUAAGCAUAAGAGAAAGAAGGUUAAGUUGGCUGUCCUGAAAUAUUAUAAGGUGGAUGAAAAUGGCAAAAUUAGCCGCCUUCGUCGUGAGUGUCCUUCAGAUGAAUGUGGUGCAGGAGUUUUUAUGGCCAGCCACUUUGACAGACACUAUUGUGGCAAGUGUUGUCUGACUUACUGCUUCAACAAACCAGAAGACAAGUAAUGUAUUUGAGAUAAUAAAAGACAUGAACUAAUA